GCAAAAUUAAAAUUUUGUACCUAAAUAUGCAUAAAAUCGAAAUACGUAAUAAAAUCGCCAUAUAUCUCGAUCAUCGGGAAUUAAUUAAUAAAAUAUAUAACAACGAUAUUGCUGAACUGGAGGAGAAGUAUGAAUUACAUACUGAACUCUUUCACUUUCAUGAACGAAGAAUAGAAGUUGAGGAUGCUCAUACAAUUCAACAACCAGAGACUAAAGCCGGAAAUAGUAAGCUUGCAGAAAAGUCCAGUAAAAAAAGGAAACGAAAAUUGAAUAAAAUGGCAGUAGUGGAGGAAUUACAAAAACUAAAAACGAUUGUCGAAGAUAUUUUAGGACUCGUGAAAGUACAGCAGCUAAUCAAUCGCGUGGAAAGCCAGAAUGGCAGUGAUUUACCACGUUAUUGGGAAGAGAUAUCCACCAAAGACUUCCCCACAUUUAACGGCGUUAAUACCACUGCCACAUACAAGCGUUCCCGCUUUGGUGAGCACUCCUACCUUAUACCACCGCAUUGUAAAUUCUUUAAUUGCGAUGUCAUGGAAUUGUCCAAAUUGCUGCCCCAAUUAAUGCCGAAUUCAAAACGGUUCGAUUUGAUUAUAUUAGAUCCACCUUGGCGCAACAAGUACAUACGCCGUUUAAAACGUGUUCGUGAGGAGCUAGGCUAUCAGAUGCUAAGUUCAGAGCAGCUGCUUCAAAUGCCCAUUAGACAGUUAAAACAUGAACGAAGCAUAGUUGCCAUUUGGUGUACGAAUUCCAAGGAGCUUCAACGGGCUAUUGUAGAACAAUUACUGCCAGCAUGGAACUUAAGAUUGCAUCACACCAUACAUUGGAUCAAGGUGAACACGAGCGGCCAAUUAAUCGGCCACAUAGAUGUGAGCGGUCAGAAAAAACAACCAUUUGAGAUGCUCUACCUAGCAUGCCAUAUGGAUAGCUCUGGCGAAUUUUGCACUAGUUUGCAGCAAGUCUCUGCAAUUUUGAGUGUGCCAAGUGUUAUACACUCACACAAGCCACCGCUUUUACCAUUGUUGAGUGAUUUACUUCCUCAAAAGCCUAACUGCUUAGAGAUAUUUGCGCGUUAUUUGCAACCACGAUUCGUUUCAGUAGGAUUAGAAGUGCUGAAAUUGAUGGAUGAACGACUUUACAACUAUUGCAACACAAGUACGGGCAAUGCGGCGAUAAUAGGGUCUACGUAACCAGAAAUGGACGGUAGUUACUUCAUUAACAUUCUCCCAAAAAUUGGUUACCACAACAGUAUCUAGUACAGGCUGAUGAAAAUAAAAUUAUCAAUUUUAAGUAUUUUUUUUUUCUUUUAUUGUUAAAUGUUAAUGAGAAAGCGUAAAUUGUAAUUGUGUAAGAUCUACGUGGCCCUUUGAACCACGUAACUAGCGUUUAUGCUGCGUUUGAAAACUAUCGUGUACAUACUUUUACGAUUCUCUUACUUUAACCUCUAUUUAAGGUAUUCAAAUGCAAAUUUAAAAGAACCAAUAAA